UAGAUACCUACUGAAUGUGAAUUUAUUUAAUUACGUUACAACGGUAGUCCGUAACUUUUAAUAAACAGAUUUAAAGCAUCGGAUGAACUGUGCUAUAUUUCAUUUUUUGGAAUGAUAACUAGAGCCAGAGCCUUUUCUACACAAGCAUUGAAAGUUGUCAACAAUGUUGCUAGGCAACAGUUUGUGGUUACUUUACAAAGCGCAGAAGCUACAAUAAACUAUGAACAAAAGGGAAAAACCAUAGUAUUAAUAUAUACAGAGGUACCAAAGGAAUUUCAGGGAAAAGGUGUUGGAAAGCUUCUAGGAAAACAUGCCUUUGACUAUGCUUUGCAAAACAACUUGAAUGUUAUUUGCAAAUGUCAUUUCUUAGCUAAAUAUUAUAAUGAUAAUGUAGAUAAUUAUAAAGGCUUAAAAGUGGAUUUUGACCUAGAGUAAGUUAAGCUAAUAAGAAAUGGAGAUAGAUUGGCACAGAUGUAACAUUCAUUAUUAUCUAAGGGAAAAAUGGUAUGGUAAAGCUCAAGAAACUGCUAAAUAUGCAUCAUUACAAUUUAAUGAAGCUACAGAAUUUAAUUUUUAUUAUGGCUUAGCAAAAAUAUUGGAAGGGCAAUAUCAAAAUGGUGUUAAUGAAUUGACACCUUUACAGUCAGACAAGAACAUGCAAUUGGCUGUUAUAAUGGCCCUCAUUUACAGCUCUAAACUCUUGAAUACAUCAGAAAGAGAUGAUUUGUAUAUCUUAGAAUCUCGCCUUAAAGAGGAGAGAAAAAAUGCAAAUGCAAUAUCAUUGUACUUUGCCGGACUAUUUUUAUCAUUAACUGAAAGGUUUGAGAAGGCUUCUGAUUAUUUGGCAAAGGCGUUAAGGAAAGAUCCGAACUAUGUCGAUGCUAUUAUUUUAAGGGCUGUUAAUGAUGCAAUGUUCGAUGGUGAAAUACAAGCUAGAUUGGACUCAUUGCAACCAGUGUUGGCUAGAAGUGAGAAGAAUGUUAAUGCUCUAUUAGCCACAGCGAAGCUAAAGUUCCUUGCUAGAGACUAUAAUGAAUCUAAUUUGACAUUGGAUAAAUUAAUAGUAUAUCAUCCAAGGCAAGUUGUUCCACUAAUAGAAAAAUUAAAAAAUGAAUUUGCUAUGCAAAAGUGGGAUGCUGUUUCUGAUGCAAUAGAAAGAGUACUUUCUCUUGAACCAACUAAUAUAGAAGCCCUCAAAAUUAGAAUUUUCAUAGCAUUAUGUAAAAAUUCAGAUUACAUUGAAGCUGUUGAUCAGAUGAAUAUCUUCUUUAAUGUCCUUGAAAAUGAAGAUACAAAUAAUGCAUAUCAGUUUUAUAACACGGCACAAAUCUUCUCUAGGACUUGUGGUAGAUCAAGUGCUGUUUUGUCGCAAGUUUAUAGAUUUGCUCAGUAUGCAUCGGAAAUGUACUCUAGCAAUGUUAUAUAUUUGAGUGAAGUUGGAUACCAGUGCUUACUACAAGGAAAGUUCAAGGAUGCUCUGAGUUUUUUUAAGGCUGCAAGUAAAAUUGAUAGCAAUUCCAUACUGACAUUAUGUGGCUUAACCCUCUGUCAAAUGAAUGAACAUGGACCAACUGAUCAAGUUUCUCAACAAGUUGAACUGCUCUUUGAGAUGCAAGGAACAGAGAAAUAUCCCAUUCUAUACCUGUUACUCGCACAGUUAAGUAACAAGAGUACCAAUGCAACGAAAUACUUGAACCAAGCUAUUGAAGCUCAGGUAUCGAAUGCAAACCACUAUCCAUACAGCUUGGAUUAUAUCAGAAUCCUUAAUCCCGAGUUUUUGCUUGACAUCUUCAAAGAGUACAAGAAACACAUACCAAAGAAGCCGUUUGUAGUUACUAGCUACUUACUGUAUUUAGUGGAGAAUGAUAAAUUAGUAGAAACCUGUAUAAAUCUUUUGAAAAUAGUAACCCAGGCAUGUCCAGGCUUAGUAACGGCUUUGUUUGAACUAGCCAAACUUAAGUUUUUAUUUGGUCAUUCAAUUGAAGCAGAGAAAAUCGCUAACCAAAUAUGUGACUUAGACGCAACUCAUUCUGGAAGCAAAGUUUUACUAGCGCAAAUAUAUAUUCAACAGCAGCAGUAUAUAAAAGCAGCUCAGUUUCUGGAGACAUGUCUAACAUAUAAUUUGAAGCUACGGGACAGUGCAAUGUAUCAUUUCUUAAACGGAAUCAUUUUGAAGAACCAGGCCCGUCCACAAGAUGCUCUGUCCAGUUUGAUGACAAGUAUGCAGAUAUUGAGGAGUAAGAAUGUAAAUAAACAAAUUGAUACAGACCUAAAUAUAAUAGACAGGGCUACAUUAUAUUUAUUGACUAUUGAAUUACAUACAAGCUUAGGUCAGUUUGGUGAGGCAGGAAAGACAAUGCAGGAGUCUAUACAAGAAUUUACUUACACAUCUGAAGAAAAUCGUCUACAGAUAGCUCGCUCCGAUAUAGCUCUAAAGAAAGGGAAAAUAGACAAUGCAAUUGAAAUACUUAAUGAAGUGAAACCCGGUCAGCCAUAUUAUUUCCAAGCUCACAGCAAAAUGGCGCAUAUAUACUUAAAGGAAAAGAACGAUAGGUCCAUGUUUUCUAAUUGUUUUAGAGAAAUUGUGAGUAAUCAUCCAAUGGCUGAUGCGCACACUAUGAUGGGGGAUGCGUUUAUGUCGGUGCAUGACCCAAUCCAAGCUGCAGAAUCAUAUGAAACAGCGCUGAAAGGCAAUGAUAAGGACAUCCAGCUAAUUAAGAAAUAUGGAACAGCUCUGAUCAAGAUGCACGAGUAUGAUAAAGCGAUACAACACUACGAGAAGAGCAUCGCUGUGGUAAAUGAUGAAGAGCUCAGAUUUGAAUAUUUGGAGUUUCUUAUUAAGCUUAAACAAUAUGACACAGUAGAUUCAGUGAUAUCUUCAGAACUGAAUCAGCCACACAAUAAAGAGAAAGACACCCCGACGUUGAAGAGGCGCAUAAGGCUACUACUAACCCAAGCAAGAUGUAGGGAGCUUAAGAAUUCCAGUAACCUUCUAAUUCUCACUGAGGCGAGAGACUUGCAGAGCUCUGUCUUGAAACGUGCAGAGAUUGACUCGAAAAAUCUACAAACUGAAAGGGAGCAGAUGUCGAAUGUGCUAUGUUUGUUAGCCAAUGCUAAGGCUGGUAAGGAACCCAUGGUUGCUGCCAAUCUGUUGUCAGAAGCUCUUAUGUAUUCGCCACGGAACCCUAAAACCUUGUUGGCUCUGUCGAAGUUGUAUGCGCAGAUGAACAACACAGAGAAAUGUGAGCAAACUUGUGCUGUUUUGCUGAACACUGACCCCAACAACGAGGCAGCAGCAGUCAUGAUGGCAGACCUGGCAUUCAGGAAGGUGGAUUUCGAGACAGCCCAGCGUCACUUGAGCCAAGUUCUGUCAGUGAAGCCAAGCAGCUGGGACGCACUGUCGCAACUCGUGGAGGUGCUGUGGCGGUCAGGUCGCCUGUCGGAAGCGGACCAGUUGAUGGAAAACGCCAGGCAGGCUUUGGGGAAGCAGGAGGAUGCCGGCUUUGCGUACUGCGAAGGUGUAUACGCGUCUUACCAGGGCAAGGUGAACGCGGCGCUUCGUCAGCUGAACAUGGCUCGUCGUGAGCCCCGGUGCUCGAGGUCCGCAGCCAAGCGAAUGCUACUCCUGUGUCUUACCCAACACUCUCAGCAACACGACUCUCGCGACGAUGACACGCGACAACUAGCGCUCCGAACCGCUGAGAAACUAAUCCAGGAAGUGAGCCCGAGCGAGCGGAAAGGUCUACAGGCGUUGAUGCAUCUGGCAGCGCGGCAGAAGGCGCAGGCUGAACGAGUGUUGCAAGAGUGUCUGCCCGCGCUGGCUGAUGACGGUCACGACGAUCCCUACUUGAUACUCGCCAUUGCUAACGCAUACGGCAUAGUGAAACAGCCGACCAGAGCUAAGAAUAUUCUAAAGAGAACUAUAUCAUCUAUUCCUUGGACACCGGAGAACGCUGAUGGCUUGGAAAAAUGUUGGUUGGAGGUGGUGGACAACCAGAUCAGCUCGGGCAGGACCGACGCAGCCAAGGAGCUGCUGACCAAGAUCCUCAAUCACAACAAGUCCUGCGUGACAGCCUAUCAGUAUUUAGGCUACUUAGCAGAAAAGGAUCAAAACUACAAAAUGGCGGCUACGAACUACGAUAGCGCGUGGCUUCACUCUGGUAAGAACGAGCUGGCGAUUGGCUACAAGCUGGCAUACGCGUACCUCAAGAUGAAGAAGUACCCGGAGUGCAUAAUCGUGUGCAGACACAUUCUGAAACUACAUCCGGAUUACCCGAAGAUAAAGAAGGAGAUUCUAGAAAAGGCGAAGACUAAUUUGCGGACAUAAUAUCUGUAGUGAGGUGUAUGAAGUAAAAUGUUACAAUUGU